GGCGCCCGCAUCCGGUCGCCGCCCGUGUAAGUUCACGCCCGCGAAGCGGUCCAAGCGGUCCGAGGACGGCGCGGUCGACCCCUACGCGACCUUGCCGCCCCCGCGGCCCGUGAGCGAGGAGCAUCGAUGGGCAAGGCCCAGGAGAAGCGCGACGCCGCGGAGAAGGCGGCGGCGAAGAAGGCGGAGAAGGACGCGAAGAAGGCGGCGCUCAAGGAGGCGCGCGCGGCCAAGAAGGCGAUCAAGGCGGAGAAGAAGGCCGCCUGCGAGGUCAUCGAGAAGAAGGAGCUGCCGCCGGCGCCGGCGCCCCUCGACGACCCGUCCUGGGACGACGCCGCGCAGGCGUCGCUCGACGGCGCCGUGCGGGCCUUCGGCGCCGCGCUCGAGCUCGCGGCGCGCUGGCGGGCCGUCGGCGACGCCGUCGGCCGGUCGCCGCGCGCGUGCGCGCGGCGCUUCGUCGCGGUCCGCGGCCGCCUCCUCGCGGUCCGCGCCUGGGAGGCCGAGUGCGAGGCGGUGCGCCGCUUCAACGUCGAGGCCGUGACGCUCGACGCGGCGUCCAAGGCCGCCGUCGAGGCCGCGGCGAAGGAGGCCUUCGACGCGCGGCUCCGGCAGUCGGCCGCCGCCGCCGCCGCGGAGACGCGGGGCGCGUCGGACGCCAUGGUCGCCGAGGCCAUGGGCGCCGUCUCCAAGGCCGACGACGGCGCCGCCGCGGACCGCCUCGCGGCGAGCGGCGUCGUCGCGACGUUCGCCGCGCCGCCCGUGAAGAAGCACCGCAACUGCAAGGACAUCAACGUGUCCAACCUGACGGUGACCUUCCACGGGGCGCCCAUCCUCGAGGGCACGGACUUCGUGCUCAACUGGGGCAACCGCUACGGCUUCAUCGGCCGCAACGGCAGCGGCAAGUCGACGCUCAUGCGCGCCGUCGGCGCGCGCGCGAUCCCCAUCCCCGAGUCCAUCGACAUCUACCACCUCACGACGGAGUACCCGGCGACGGAGGAGACGGCGCUCUACGCCGUCAUGAAGGUCGACGCGGAGCGCGCGGCCGUCGAGCGCGAGAUCGACGAGCUCAACGACGCCAUGGCCGAGCUCGCCGAGGCCGACGACGACGAGGCCGCCGAGGACGCGACGGAGCGGCUCACGGUGCUCUACGAGCGCCUCGAGGAGCUCGACAGCGCGACGGCGGAGACGCGCGCGUGCGCCAUCCUCACGGGCCUCGGCUUCUCGCCGGAGCGGCAGCAGCAGAAGACGCGGGACUUCUCGGGCGGCUGGCGCAUGCGCGUCGCGCUCGCGCGCGCGCUCUUCAUCCAGCCCGCGCUCCUGCUCCUCGACGAGCCGACGAACCACCUCGACAUGGAGGCCGUCGUCUGGCUCGAGGACUACCUCUCGCGGUGGACGAAGAUGCUCUUCAUGGUCUGCCACAGCCAGGACUUCCUCAACAACGUCUGCACGCACGUCGUCCACCUCGACGCGGCCCACCGGCGCCUCGCCUACUACCGCGGCAACUACGACAUGUUCGUCGAGACGCGGCGCGACGCCGCCGUCGAGCAGCUGAAGAAGUACGACGCGGAGCAGGCCGACAUCAAGGCCAUGAAGGAGUACGUCGCCAAGUUCGGCCACGGCAACUCGAAGAUGGCCAAGCAGGGCAAGUCCAAGGAGAAGCUGCUGACGAAGAAGCUCGCGUCCGGGCUCACGGAGAAGCCCGUCGAGGAGAUGAGCCUCAAGUUCCGCUUCCCGGACCCGGGCCACAUCCCGCCGCCGGUGCUCCAGGUCAACGACCUGACCUUCGGCUACCCGGGCUGCCCGGCGCUCUACGAGGGCGUCGAGUUCGGCCUGGACCUCGACUCGCGCAUCGCGCUCGUCGGGCCCAACGGCGCGGGCAAGUCGACGCUCGUGAAGAUCAUCAACGGCGAGCUCACGCCGCGCCUCGGCCAGGUCCGGCCCCACGGCCACCUGAAGAUGUCCAAGUUCACGCAGCACUUCGAGGACAUCCUCGACCUCACGAUGACGCCCCUCGACUGGUUCAUGGGGCUCUACACGGAGCUCACGCGCGAGGACGCGCGGAAGUGGCUCGGCCGCUACGGCACGUCCGGCGUCGUCCAGAUGCAGGUCAUGAGCCAGCUCUCCGAGGGCCAGAAGGCCAAGGUCGUCUUCUGCAAGAUGGCCAAGGAGUCGGCCCACCUCCUGCUCCUCGACGAGCCGACGAACGCGCUCGACAUGGAGAUGAUCGACUCCCUCGCGGACGCGAUCAAGCACUUCAGCGGCGGCGUCGUCCUCGUGUCGCACGACAUGCGCCUCAUCUCCCAGGUCGCCGAGGAGAUCUGGAUCAUCGACAAGGGCGUCUCCAAGUACACGGGCGACAUCCUCAACUUCAAGAUGGACCUGCGGAAGCAGAUGCAGCUCGACGACGGCGCGCGGAGGAAGGGCGCGUCGCCGCGGACGUCGCCGAAGCUCGCGCCGGCGCCGCCCGCGCCGGCGCCGCCGUCGUUCCGCCUCGACCAGGCGCCGCCGCCGCCGCCCGCGCCGCGCGCCGCCGCCGCGCCGCCGCCGGACGCGCCCAAGUCCCGCGCGGACAUGCUCCGCGACGCGGCGCCCGCGCGCUACGUCCCGCCGGGCCGACGCGGCGGCGACGCGCCCGCGCCCCGGCCGGGCGACGGCGCCUGGUGA